AUGGCGCCAAUGAAAAACAAUAAAAAUAACUGUAGUAGUAGUAAUGGCGAGGCCGUGGCCCGAGAGAUCAAUGUCCUCGCCAGUUGCUACAUAGUCGACCCCGCUGCGUCCCUAAAGGGACUUCACUACUGCACUACCGGGGCUGCAGGUCUACCAUCUCCUCCGUCAAGUCCCCCCCUCGCGGCCAUCACACCGUCUAACGAGCUCGCUCUCCAGCCCAAGAACAAGAAGCGCAGCAGCAACGUACCGAUUAGCCGCAGCCGCCGAGGGGGGGCAACACUUCAGAUCAGGGAAGAAUGUGAGAGGUUCUUCUGUGAGACCAUGAAAGCCGUAUUCCAGGGUGAGUGGAGUACGGUCGGUAAUGGCUCCUGCCUGACUGGUGUUAAUUACGCGCUUACACCACCUGAUGAUUAUCCUAUGGGUCAGUCUGCCCUUUGCAAUGUCAACGCCAAGCCCGGCGUCUAUGUGAACGGAUGGAUGGAGUUUUGGGAUUAUGCUGGAGGUGCUAGCUUCCGAGCCUUUGUCUCAGAAGAUAGCGACGAGAAGUCCUUGUUUGCAUUCUUUGACAGUGGGCUCGUAGGCCGCGAUCUUAAGCAAGCACUCAUUGCUUUGAUCGAGUUAGCCGAUGGUCCAAUCGGAUGUUCGUAUGUUGUUAUCUGCGUGGACCGCUUAAUGCCGCCCGAAUACGCGAAGGCAUUGAUGAAGAGUCUCCAGUGGGUUGGUUUCGAAAUGACUACCCUGGACCAUUGGGCCAAGGACAUCGACGUCAUCAGCGACAAAUGGUUAUUUAUGGGCAUGGAAGUUUAGUCGUGAUAUUCCGAGUUCAGACGAUCGUUUAACCUACCUGAAGUAAUUAUAUUAUACGAGGGAGCUGUUUUUUUUUUUUUUUUUUUAUAUUGUUUCGGCGCAUAAAUAUCUAUCCUUGAGGUUAGGGUUGCUUUUUGCUUGGGAGUUCUCGAAGGGCGUACUUUUACACCUCAUUAGCUCUGGCGCAUGGGUCGUUUCUAUCGCAUCUGCUGUAU